GCGAUCUGUUCCUCGUCAUCUACAGCGUCGACAGCUACGAGUCGUUCCGCGGCAUGACCGACCUCCUCGACGAGAUCAUGGCGACCAAGUACGAAGCGCUGAGUCGCGACGCUCCUCUGCAAUCGCCGCCCGACGUCCCCAUCGUCGUCAUCGGCAACAAAGCCGACCGCGAGGCGCAGCGCGUCGUCGGCCGCCAGGAGGCCGAGUCAGCGGUCGCGCGGCGCGGCGGCGUGCCGCUCUUCGAGACGUCGGCGAAGAGCAACGCCAACGUCGUUGCUGCCUUCGCUCGGCUCUUCGAGCGCGCCCGCCUGCCCGUCGAGAUGUGUCCGUCGAUGCACAGCGUUCUGCCGACGUUCAAGAUGCCGCUGCUGCAGCGCUCCAGCUGGCUGGACUUGCUCGGGCGACGCAGUCGAGCCGAGGCGUACGGCGUCGUCAUACCGAACGUCUGCCGGCCGUGUCUGAGCAGCGAGCUCGAGAAGAUCCAGGGCGGCAAGUUCAAGGCCGGCAAGCUCGGUAACCGCUGCGGAACGCGGCGCGCGUCGGACCCGACGCGCGUCGUCGGAGAGAAGUGA